AUGGAACGGAAGCAAACCAGCACAAUUACACCCUCUACAACAGCAGCAACCUAUCUUGAACGAAUGUAUGAUCAUGAUGUCGCUGAUUUCAUGGGAUUAUUGCGAAGGGGGAUAUUCGACCGGGCCGAGGACUUACGUGUACUAUUUACCAACUUCCAGCGUUAUUUAUCGCAAUUAAAAGCAGAAGAAUUCGUAGAAUUACUAGAAGUGUUACAUUCUAGGGAUUUAAGAGAAAACGAAGAACGAAUCGACAUACCACUAAUAAUGCUUUGUGAAAUGAAUCAUCGUAUUCUAAAAGGGAACCGCCGACUAUUCUCACUGAAUCAAACACAACGCUUAUGUACUGUAUUGAGGCAUGUAAGGUUCAAUCGGCCAAAUUGCCUAAUCGCCCAGGACGAAGCUGCAAACGGUAUUACCUCAAAUAAUGAAGACUUUCAACAUGGAUUUAAAAUUAAGCGUCAGACUAUAACGCCAGAAAAACAAAGCAAUCACUAUAACAUAUCGACAUCAUGCGAAAGUGUUCAACAUGAAAACUUGGAAGAUGAACCAUCUUCAAGUAGUCACUGCAUAUUACAACAUGACUUCCAAGAAGUGCUAGUACCAGUAUGCGAAGUUAAUAUCAACAAUCCUGGAAAUACACGCGCUUGCAAAUCGUGCUGUAACAAAUAUGGAGACCUAUUACAACUACAUGGAUAUGACCAGUUGACAUUGCUUAUUGUGUUACUAGGACGCUCAAUCGUUCAACAGGUUGCAAGAGUUAGGCGUCGGCAUGAAAAUGCAGUUAUUAGUUAUAUGACACUUUCAUCUCAUCUCAAUUGUACGAUAAAUUCUCAUAUAUUAAGGAGUAUGCUGGCACAACAAAAGGCAGCAUUACUGAGAACGAAGUCAAUGCGCAAUAUCGGUAUAGUAUUACAUAUGGCUAAAAAGUGUAAAGUUCGCUUUGGAAGUUUUAAAAAACAAAUUCUACAACGCCUAGCAGAUUACAAUGAAUUUAAAUCGUUGGCUGCUGCAGAGCGUAGUAUACCUACCUUGCUUAUCGCGUUUAGCCAAAUUAUAGGAGGAUUGGUGGAUGCUAAUAGGUUACCGAUUACCAAAUAUAAAAAACAGACCGGCAUAAACAUCAUAAUAUAUUUGGUAGAUAAUCACACAAAACUCAUUCAAGACGAUUGCGAGGGUAUAUCCGAUGCCAUCAACGGGGUUCGUGGAAGCGUCCGCCUUUUGGUAUCAUACCUUACAUCAAAGGGUGUUGACCUUAGUAAAAUUAUGAACGAACCCGAUCUCGACGUUUUAUAUUCAAUAACAGCAACGGGUAAUAUGGAAUAUGCAAAGGAUUUUCGAACAAGUGACCUCCAUCGACAAGUCGCCAGCGUUUUGGCAACCUUGGGAAUCGAAACGGAGGAAGAGGUACGAAUUGGAUCUCAUGUAUGUGACUUAAUACUUCGUCGAAAUAAGGUAGCCGUUGAAAUAGAUGGACCCUAUCAUUUUAAUACAGCACUGAACUACAGGGUAAACGCUUUGCUACAUAGGGAUACGGACGAGUGCUUACUGACAUAUACACACAAUUCAAAACUAAAGAGGUUCAUGUUAGGCCUAGAAGGAUACAGGGUCGUGCAUAUCCCGUAUUUUCGUUGGCCUUGUGCACGACAGGAACAGAUUGCCUACGCGCACCGAACAAUCAAUUAUUGA